CUUUUGCUAGAAUCGCCAUUUAAUGGAGGUGCUUUUUAGUGCUUUCGUUUUUUUUAAAUACUUCUUCAUUGCAAGGCACUAUAAAAGAAAGUCAAAGUCACAUCAGAGGCUGCAGGGCUAUACUCUUUUCCUUUUUGGAAAAUAAAAAAAAGUCAAAGUCAUCUACUUGACAUCUAAAAUUGUAGAAUUUCGUUUCGAUUCUGAUUUUAUCACCUAAAUUCAGGAAGUAUAGAAAAUUGAAAAAUGUUCACUCUCAAUAAUCACUAUGAACUGAGAAAAAUAACAGUUUCAAGCCUUUUGUCGUGUAUCUAUUUACCCAGUAUCAUUACUUUUAUAUCGUAUAAAGGACUUCUUUAUUCUGUGGGAAAUGGAUCUUCUUUCUAUAUUUUGGUCUUAAUAUUCCUGGCAGAACUACUUAAAUCAUUCUACCUGAGUUCCACUGGUGAAGCAGUACAAACGAAGAAAAAUAAAGCAAACAAAAGUACAGUCUCUGAUAUAUUGAAAUCAUUUGUUUUUCUACUUGUUGUGUUGUUUAGUUUCUUUAUUGGAAUAAUUUUGUUUGGAGCUCCAAUACUGGAAUGUCAUGAAGAGACUCUUAUGCUAUCAGCUUUAAUAACUCUGUUGGCAGUGUUUCCAUUGAUUGCCCAUUGUGGAGUAGAAAUAUCUAUGCAGCUGUUGUUUGGCAUCAAAAGUUAUACAAAGAACACAAUUGUCCAAAUGCUCAUCAAUAAUGCAUUAUUAACAUUGUGCGGUGCCUGGUUAGGUGCUGUUGUGAUCCCAUUAGACUGGAACACACCUUGGCAAAAGUGGCCCAUUCCAUGUUACUUGGGUGCAGUUGCAGGUUAUUUGCUUUCUAAUGUCCUUACAGUAUUAAAAGUAUCCUUGAUGUCUGCAGCUCAAAAAUAUCCAACUCUCGAAUUUGUUGUAAAUAUUGUCAACAGUCUUCAUACCCCUAAGAGUAUUUAAAUUACAUAUGUAUAUAAAUUAAGUCAUUGUGUUUUAUUAAAUAAUUACCAUACAUAGGUACAUAUAAUUUAGUUUAUACUCUUUGCAACAGUGGUAGUCUUGAAGAUGUUACGUCUAUGCUGCAGAUUGAAUGGUUUGUAAAGUAAUAAAUGUAUCUUAAGACAACAUCACAUAUUAGCUGUUGAAUGUAAUAAAAUCUAUAAUUUACUGAUAUUUUACAUACUUAUAUAUUUUUAUGGGGCACACAGGACAUUAGUUGGACAGUGUAAAAAUUUUUGUGGUUUGUGAGAUCUGAUAUUCAAUUUAUACCCUAUCAUACUACCAGGCUCCCAGACAAAUAACUAAGUUAUGUAGUUUCAGUGAUAACGAAGUCUGCUUGCUGCUGGGCUGAUGUCAUUACGGCAUCACUACAACUAGAACUCAAUUAAUUAAAGAAAGAACUUAUUAUUUCAAUCCCAUUUAUCAAUCUACUUAGACAUAAUAAUUAUGAUUUGUUAAUGUAAGUAUGUAUAGAGGUAAUUAAGGAUCAUUGUGGAGUUGCUGUACUGACAUCAGCCCAGCUAUAUCUUCUAAGCUUGGCAUUUUAUAAGCUCAUUCUUUUAAAACAUCAAGUCAUUUUAACAUGAAAAUAAACUUGAUCUUCUGUGAUCACUAGGGUACCAUGAAUAAUUUAUGUCAACAAUUACAAAGUG